AUGAUAUCUGCGCUUGGAGCUGGUCUGGGCGGCCACUCCUCGCUGCGGCUGCUGUGGCUGUUCGGCAAUCGCAUCGGCGACAGCGGCCUCCAGGCCAUCGCCGAGGGCCUGGCAGACCACAAGGGCCUACGAGACCUAAGCCUGGACAACAACGGCUUCGGCGAUGCGGGGACGCAGGCCCUGGGAGACGCACUGAAAGCUCUCCCGAACAUCGAGGAGCUGCAGCUGGCGAAGAACGCCAUCGGAGACUCUGGAGCCCAGGCGCUUGGAGCUGGUCUGGGCGGCCACUCCUCGCUGCGGCUGCUGUGGCUGUUCGGCAAUCGCAUCGGCGACAGCGGCCUCCAGGCCAUCGCCGAGGGCCUCGCAGACCACAAGGACCUACGAAAACUCAGUCUGGGCCAGAACGGCUUCGGCGAUGCGGGGACGCAGGCCCUGGGAGAAGCUCUGAAAGCUCUCCCGAACAUCGAGGAGCUGGCGCUGGGCGAGAAUGCCAUCGGAGACUCUGGAGCCCAGGCGCUCGGAGCCGGCAUCCAGGGCCACUCCGCGCUCCGACUGCUGUGGCUGCACGAGAACCGCAUCGGCGACGCGGGCCUGCAGGCCAUUGCCAAAGGCAUAGCAGACCACAAGGGCCUGCAGGACCUGACCCUCUCCAGCAACGGCUUCGGCGAUGUUGGGGCUGAGGCAUUGGUCCAUGGCCUGCGUGCCAACAACGCGCUCGCGGAGCUCUGGCUUCACGAGAAUUCACUCAGCGACAGCGGCGUGGAGGCAGUCGCCGCUGCCCUCCGGGAUCGGGCCAUGCAAGAUCUUCAGCUCCAUCCGCAAAGAUCUUUCUGGGGGCUUGUAUCUUCCAUUAAGGAUGUGUUCUUCAGAGGGUUUUAA